CUACCUUUUUGUAGUGUUUCCCGAUCCACUGCCGCACCACCUCCAGCUGGGCUAAAGUAUCCACACUCUCCCAGAACCUGGCGGACGGGCUGCUGUCUUUUUUUCGGUUUGCGGAUGUCAAGGAGGGGGCUUGGCUCGUGCCUGGAAUCCCGAGGCCCCGAGAUCUUAUGGGUGUCCAGGGUCUUACCACCUACGUGGAGAGGAACAGAAACUUCCUCCAAGAUGUGAGGUUCAGGGACAGUCGCCUGGUUAUUGAUGGCUGCAGUCUUUAUUACCGACUCUACUUUAACCACGGUUUGGACCAGCAGCAUGGAGGGGACUAUGAUGCCUUUGCUUGCCUUCUCACCCAGUUUCUGUCUGCUUUGGAAGCCUGUAACAUCCAGCCAUAUGUGAUACUGGAUGGAGGUGUUGAUCCCAGUGAUAAGAAGUUUUCAACUCUGCGUCAUCGCCUGCAGUCCAAGAUAAAAGAGGCAGACAGUCUUUCUCGUGGCCGAAAUGGCUCCGUGCUCCCUAUCCUCACGAGGGAUGUGUUCAUUCAAGUCCUUUUGGAGAGAGGAGUCCCGCUGGUCCAGUGUCCAGCUGAGGCUGACUGGGAUAUUGCGUGUUUGGCUCACCAGUGGAACUGCCCAGUUCUGACCAAUGACAGUGAUUUUUACAUCUUUGACCUGCCAGGCGGUUACCUUCCACUCAGUUCUUUCCAGUGGACCCACCUUAACGGUAAAGCCUCUCAGCGCUACAUCACAGCCCGGCGCUACACCACCAACUCACUUUGCCGCUUAUAUGGGGGAUUAAACAAAGAAUUAUUACCUUUAUGUGCCGUACUGACUGGUAAUGACUAUGGCACUCCAAAAGAUGCUGACACUCUCCUUGCUGUGAUAGAUAGCAGGGCAUUAGGGAGACAUGGUAAAGGCAAGGGUUCUGGUUCCCGCAUUGACAGCAUCCUCCUGUGGCUAUCCACUUUUUCAAGCCCGGCAGAGGCCUUGGAGGAGGUGAGCAGGCUUAUGGGGGAGGACUGUAGAGAUGGAGGCGGCAGGGGCAAGAAAGGUGGGCUUAGUUCACAGCUGUGGAAUGGGAUGCAGGAAUACUACCUCUCCCCACAAAGCUCUCUGGCUCGCUGGUUCUCCACUAAGGCACUUCAUGGAGGACUGCUCCCCGGGCUGCCAGGGUGCCUGUCGCUGGCCGCAGCCAGGGGUAUGUUGCCUCCCUUGGUGGUGGAUGCUCUGGUGAUGCGCAGGGUCCUUCUCAUUCCACAAGUGGAGAACAGUAAGCUAGCCAGCAGCCACAGUUGUGCUAAAGCCAUACGCCAGGCUGUGUAUGGGAUAUUACUGCAAGCAGGAGAUGUGAGAGGACAGGGAGAUAUCAGCCAGGGUAGUGGAGGGGGAAAAGGUAGAGGGGGAAGGGGGAGGGGAUGUGGUCAGGUUAGUGGAGGUAGUGGUCAGCACGGUGGGAGUCGAACAGCCAGUGCAACUACAGUGCAGGCUCAGGGUUUUGAACCCCCAGUUCUUGUGGAGGAAUACGACCGUCUAGAACUGAGCUUGAAGAAAAACCAAGUGGAGACACACCAGACCAGGACCUCCAUACACCUAGAUACACUUGACCAGGCUCCUGCAGCCGUUCGUAUUGCUGUCCUGUUAGAAAUCUUGGGCACAAAGGAGUCUGCCCUGGCUCCUCUUCCUCUUCACCUGAGGCUGGCUGUAGCAGUGACCGGUUUCUGGCUACGAGAGGCAAAACCAACGCCCUCACAGCCCCAGCUCCAGGCUCUGGUGCUGGGCUUUGUUUAUGGAGAGCUGUCCUUGAACAACCAACCUGGAGCUGCCUACUACCAACAUACAGUGCCACAGCUGAACUGGGCUGCAGAGAGCCAAGUGUGGGCAGGUCUGGAUCAACUGCGUGUGAGGCCCGGAGAGAGACGGGGCCUGGAUGUUGGCGCAACGCACAGUUUCAGCCAGUGGCAGGCCUGCUUGUGGAGUGCACUGUGUCUCAAUCAGCUACUGCUGCUCCCUCUGCCUGAGCCUCACCUGGCAUGGUUGUUCAGUGGUACCUUGGUGCACGGCCUCCUCCGGCACCUCAAAGGUGGCCGAGCUCCUGAAUCUCUCCUUUCUGGUGGUUUCUUAUCGGGACAACUUUACUCCUGCCUGCUGGACGCUGUGAGGAACUGCAGCUCCAAAGCCAACCCCUCCUCUUUGGCAGCAGGGACGAGGGGGAGAAGCAGAGGCAGAGGUGGAGGCAGAGGCCAGGGAAGGAGAGGAAGAGGAGGAGGAGGAGGAGGAGGAGGAGGAGGAAGAGGAAGAGGAAGAGGAGCGAGAGGAGGGGGGAGAGGGACUGAAGAGGUAAACAACAGGUUUGCUCUCCUGAUGAGCGAGGAGGAGUUUGAUGAUGAUUGAGGAGGCGCAGGAGAUUGAAUUUGCUAUGGGGCCAAAUGAAGGACAUUCCUGUGUUUGAUUAGAACACUCAGGGAAUGUUAUGAAACAUUGUUAUCGGGUAACAAUACAGCAACAACAGAGCUUUUUAUAAUUGUAUUGCACUAAUUUUGCCUUCUUGAACAUAUACUGGCAGUUUGGAAUCAAGUAACCUCAAUGCAUGGUGUAUUUGUUUUCCUGAAGUAUACUCUUUACACAUUUUUAGCAGAUUUAUGCAGCUUUUAUUCAAAGAACCAUGACUGUAACUAAUACAGCUGUUGACAGUUUUAUUCAGCCAACAAUUGUCUCAUCAUCUCCGUUGAUCAGCUAUCGUCAUCUUAAUGACACACUUAUAUCUCAUGAAAUUUUAUUAUAUAUAUGCCAUAAUACACAUGAAUUUGGUGCUCAAGCUUACUCCUUUUGUAUAAUAAAAACAGUAAAAUCAAUCAAAAUCAAAAUCUCUGACUUACUUCUGCUAACUAUUUUUUGGCUUGUUUACUUUUAACCACAUUCAGCUUCGAAUAAAACGUUUUACAAGCUUUCA